AAAGAUUUUAUGAUAACUUAAAGCGAGUCUGUAAAUUCGCCUGAUAAUGAACUUUUUGAAGAAUUGUAGAUUUUUUGCUAAACGUUUUUAAUGCUGAGUAUAGAUAGUUUUGAUAGGUGGAAUAAACUUAACAGAAAAGUAAAAGUUAUUAGAUCGACAACACAUUAAAAAUGAGCACUGAACGUGGAAAUGCAUCACGAACAAGAUCUCAAAAGCAUAAAAACCGCACCGCUUUCAAAAAUGAUCUGCACGAUAAAACGCAUCAACAAAAGAAGCUAAAUUCUUUACACGUAUCUGAGGUUUGUCAACAUUGCAAGGAUGUCAUAGAAUGGAAAAUUAAGUAUAAAAAAUAUAAGCCACUGACUCAACCAAAAAGCUGCACUCGUUGUCAACAGAGGAAUAUAACAAAAGCAUACCAUGUGCUCUGUCGUCAAUGCGCCCUGGAAGCACGUGUAUGUGCCAAGUGUCUCAAAAAUGCGGAGCAGAUUGAAAUUGAACCACCACAGCCUACAAUAGAAGAGCAGAGUAAGCUACAGGUUGAAAUGGAUCGGCUUAUAAAAUCGUUGCCUGAACGUAAACGUAGAGCUUUUCUUCGUUAUAUGAAUAAAGGCAAAAGACAAGAAGCUUUAGAGCAGAGUUCGCGCGAUGAGAAAUUCGACGACGGUGAUGGACAGAAGAAGGAGUUAGUAAGCCAAAAACAUUUGCCCCACACUCGAGAAGAUCUGCUACAAAAGAUUGAACAGCUAAAGCUAAAUAAUGAUAGUUCCGGAUCGGAAUUUGAUUCCGAAAUCGAUGAAGUGUAAUUUUUAUUACAUUUAUUAGAUUAAAUAGCAAAUAAGUGAUUUCGCAUAAAGGAUAAUUUAUCUGUUUAGUGGUCUGGCCAACACAAUUAAUUCUUUUAAGUCGGUCAAAAAUUAUUAACAAAAUACAAUUCCGUAAAAAUGUUAUUUUGUGUCCCUAAGAGCCUUUGCACACGAGUCGUAUCAUUGUUGUUGUUGUUGUAGCUGCUGGAGUGACAGUCCUUGGCCGGAUAUAAAGCCGGGUCGUUUCGGUAACGUAGAACUGACUGUCAUAUCGUCAUCGUCACUACAUAAAAAAUAAUGCUUGCAUGCACAUAAUGUAGCUUGCUGUCGUCAAAGUGCGAGUUGUCAAUAUAUCGAGCCAUGAAAUGGAUCUUAUUUAUAUUCCCCAUCGGAGGAUAAAUUAAAGAAAAAGGAGGCACUGAGUACAUCCGUAAAUUAGAAAUAUCUCAAACAGCAGAUUAUUCAUUGGCACAACGAAGUUGCAAGAGGAUGAUUGUCAGUUUCAGACUUGACGAUGACGCUACGACCCGUGUACGAAGGCUCUAAUUGCUCAUUCAGUAACGCUUUGAGUUGCCGUAUUAAUGUAAACGCAAUGACUAUGGUCCUUAACGACGUAUAGCCAACUUCAUAUAUAAAUAUUUUGAAAGCGUAGCGACAAGCAAUUCAGCUGAUUUAAAGGUUUUACGUUUUUCAUAAUCUUGCGUGGCUAGCAUUUCCUACUUCACUGGCAGUACUUCGUUUGCGAGUUGUCGCCAGCAAAAUUAGAAAAAGGUUUAAUUGUGCGACAACGACAAUUUGCAGUUUGCAGCCUCUAGUCGUGCUGGCUUUAAAAUGAUUGCGUUCAUAAGAACGUGUGUAUUUUAAUAUUUGACAAAUGCUGUCUGUGGUCCGCCGUCGUCAAAGUGUUUAUACUACUACUUAACUUGAAAACGAAUUCCAUUGUUGUAUUCUUAAAAUUUUCAACAAGACAUUUUGUUAAAACAUAUAAUGUAAAAUGUAUGAAAUAUAAAUUGCGUCCCUUUAAUUAAAUCGCUGAGACUAAGACUUCUUAUAUUUAAGCGAAAAAAAUAAAAAAGAAGUUAAAUAUCAAGAUUAUUACAUAACAAUGAUUUUAAUUGAGAUUUAAAAUUAAAACCUAAAAUUUAGUAACCACGGGGGCAAGGCCUAAUGAAACGAAGAGCUUGUUCGACUCAAAAACUAUAUCAGUCGAGGAUUUAAAGCCAUGUACAGUCUUGCUAGUGGCAACGUGAAAAAGAUCAAAAUGCUGCAAGCAGCUACGAGGCACAUUAUAAUUAAUUGUAUCCAAUAAAGAGAGACAAUCAGCUGAGCCGGAGACCAUAUCAAGUAAAAAAAGGAACUGCCAAAUAAAAUUAUAGAAUAUAGAUGCAGUGCUAUUAAUUAAUCGGUUGGCACCGAGAAUUAUAGACAGGCAAAGGUUCUGAGGGACUUCUAGAGAGACAACGGAAAUGAAAAACAGUAUGCUCCAAUAUCGAACGGACAUACACAUGACCCAUACACAGUUUUGAAUCAUGGAAAAGCUUUAUAAAUAAUAUAUUGUACAAAAAAGCAAAUUAAUAUUUUGUUGGAUAUCCCCGAUGAUUUAGGACUUAAUUCAAUCUAUUUGGCAUUGAGUUUACUAACCUCUCUGUAUCCUCAGUUGUAAUCUUCGCCCAUUCUGCCCGCACUUCGCAAAGCCCCCUUACAUGUUCUUGCAUGCUGUGGAAUUAUUGUUUUUAAUAGAUCCCACAGUUGUUCAAUAGGAUGGAGAUUCAGUGACUAGGGGGGUGUUUUGAUCUGUUUUUGAAAAUUGUAGCAGAGCCAAACCUUAACGAUCUCGGAUGUGUGUUCUGGGUCGUUAUCUUAAUGGAAGCAAAUCGUUUCUGAUUUUCGGCAAAUUCUGUUUUAAAUUGUUCAGAUACCCGCAUUUAUCCAUUGUCGAUUCAAUAAAUUCUAUCUGACCCACACUAUAACGCCAAUACCGUCGUGUUUGACUUUGCCAAUCUCCAACUUUCCCCCACUAAAUCCACGGCGACCCUCUUUACCACCUGGACAAAGGAGGUCAAACUUUCCCUUAAGGUAAAAGUCGACGACACACCAAUUCCGACGGUAAACAACCCCAAGAUUUUGGGUGUAACCUUUAACAGCUUGCUCUCCUUCUCAGCGCACACAAUCGCAAUUGCCACACUGGCAUGCCCGACACUGGCGGGCCUCCUAUUACUAUUACUGUUAACAAACAAACAAACUUUACCAAUAAGAUUUUUUUCUUGUUGUAGCAUAAACAUUUCCCAUGCAUAUACGAGGAAUGCUGCUGAAGUGACAGUCCUUGGGUCGUUCCGUUUACGUAGAACCGACUCGUGGGAACGGCAGUGCUUUAUUUGACGACCUCUUAUCCCAAAAAUAAAAAAAUUGCUUUCGUCUGAAAAAAUUACUUGUUUCUUUAUUUAACUAUUAGCAAAUUUAAUGCGGUUGCUAUAUUUACUUGUUGCUGCAAUACUUACCGUUAUGUAAACGAUAAAGGAAGGAGUCUUGUUAUUUUCUUUGGUUUUGUGACUUAAGCAUGUAUUGAAAGAAUAAAUAAAUAAAAUAUGUUUUCAACUAUA